AAACUCUCUGUGUGCUUUCUUUGUUUUUGACGGUAUUCAUUAACGGGGUUGAUUUGUAGAAGAACGCAGUGGUAGCCACCGUAGCACGUCGCGAAAAUGGGUUCGUUGGGUCGGAGGAGCAUGUCCACGGUGGCGAAAGCGGUGGCAGAAAUCACAGGCACAGGCAACACCAAAAUCCGCAAAUCUUCCAGUGAACUCUGCACCUUCCUUGGCAUCCCUAGGCACUCUCGUUCCGAAAUUGCCCUCAUUAUCUCGAAGUUUAUCAAACUCUACAAUUUCCGGAGUCCUGGUAUUAAGAAGGACAAGAUUUGGGAGCAGAAUUUGCAAAAUUUGUUGCGUGGAAGAAACUCUGUUGGUUUUCCUGAGAUUGCUAAGAUACUGUCUCCGGAGUUCAGCCAGGGUGCCAUUAAUGUGAAGGACAAUAACAUGGAUUCUUCGAUGGAUAACACAAAGGGGAAAGGUUCUAAAAAGAAAGGGAAGCCUUCUAAGAAACAAUCCACUCUUUGGGCUUUGUGGUUGCCUCUUGGACUAUCCUUUCUUCCGGCCCAAAACUUCCUUCUUGAUCUCCAUCAUUACCCCUUCCAUUAAUAGCAAUCUUGUCCUCAAGAUUCAAGUCAGGAAAUUGGCUCCGUAUGACCACUACAUCUCCCCAAGUUGUUUCUUCGUUUGGUUUUGCAACCCACUGUUUCAACCACUGUUUGACUCGUUCACCAUGUUUUACCACCACUCGAGAAGCCAAAACUGUAAUUGGAACCCAUGUAUCAACACCAUCCCCACCCAAGCCUGUAGGUAAUUCAGACUGCACCUUGUAGUUUCCUACUGCUUUUUUUAGCAAGGACACAUAAAACACGGAUGAAUCCGAGUUGUCUAUGGUAAUUUCAAGCGGUAAGCCUCAGUUCCUAUGCGACUGAUGAUUUCAAUAGCUCCAUAGUAUCUUGCAGAAAGCUUGGCAUUAAUUCUAGAAAGAACAGAUUUCUGCCUGUGAGGUCUCAGUUUCAAAAACACCCAAUCUCCUAUGUCAAAAUUGCUUUCUGAUUGAUCAUCAUGGUAAGCCGAACUCAUGCUGAGAGUAGUGCCUUGCAAUCUGAAAAUAGGGUCUCUAUCACUGAAAAUUGAGAGAAGAACACCAUGUAACCUUACAAUCUCCUUCACAAACACCUCAGUAGAAAGUCUGUCUACUAUGACAAAUAUAGCUUCGUACCCUUUAGAUCAUGGCAGUCCCGAGAUGAAAUCUAUUGUGAUGUCAUCACAUACUUUCUCUGGAAUAGGUAGUGGCUGCAAAAGCCCUACUGGAGAUGCGGCAAGAUAUUUUUGGCAUUGGCACGUGUCACAAGAACACACAUACUCUUGGACUGUUCUUUUCAUGCCUAUCCAAUGCAAAUUCGCUACCAUCCUUCGAUAUGUUCUGUAAUACCCUGAGUGUCCUCCUUGAGGUGUUGAAUGGUAUUCUUCCAACAAAUACAAGCAUCCUUGAAUAAGUUCUCAGCAUGAAACACAAUGACAUCCCCUUCCUUCAGUUUAUACGCAGUCGUUUCCAACCAAAUCAAUUCUUGGUAGACCUCAUCGAAGAAUUC